AUGCUAGGGAGAAAUACCACUAAUUUAAAGGCUGGUAUAGUUGGUUUGGCAAAUAUUGGGAAAUCGACACUUUUCCAAGCAAUAACCAAUUCUAAAUUGGGCAACCCUGCUAAUUAUCCAUUUGCUACAAUUGAUCCAUUAGAUUAUAGAAUUCCAAUACAAAAUGAGAAGUUAGAUUAUUUAAAAGAAUUUUAUCAAAGUGAAAGAAUCAUUCAUGCUCCUUUGACUUUAUAUGAUAUAGCAGGAUUAACAAGAGGUGCAUCAUCAGGACAAGGUCUAGGAAAUAAAUUUCUAAAUGACAUUAGAAAUAUCGAUUCAAUUCUUCAUGUUGUGAGAGGAUUCAAAGAUGAUGAAAUCAUUCAUUUAGAGAAGACAGUUGAUCCGAUAAGAGAUUUGGAAUUGGUAAAUGAUGAAUUGAUUUUAAAAGAUUUGGAAUUUUUAGAGAAUGCAACUGAAAGAUUGAAUAAAAAACUUAAAAAUAGAUUAGGACCAAAAGAAGAUGGACAAUUGUUACAAAGAGAAGUUAAUUUUCUAAAUGAACUUCAGGAUCAUUUAUAUAAUGGUAAGAAAAUAAUCCAUUACAAACAGAACUGGACUACCGAUGAAAUCUCCAUUUUGAAUACAUACAAUUUCCUUACUGCUAAACCUACAUUGGUUUUAUUGAAUGUCAAUCCACAUGAAUAUAUAUUAUCUCAAGUAGAUAAGGAUAAAACUCCGGUCAUAAAAGAAGUUAAAGAUUGGUUAACAGAAAACUCACCUGGUGAUGAUUUAUUGCCUUUCAGUGGACAUUUCGAAACCAAGCACAAUUUACUAAAAGAUGACCAAAAAGAAUUUCAAAAUUACUGUUCUGAUAUUAUCAACAAUGAAUUAGGAGGUAUCACCGAUGUUCCUAUCGACCCUAUGUUAAUUGGUUCAAUAGUUCCUUCGAUAAUUAAGAAAACCAAAAACCUAUUAAGUUUAAUCAGUUUCUACACAUGUGGCGAUAUCGAAGUAAGAGAGUGGGUUAUCAGAAAUGGAACUACUGCAGCAGAAGCAGCUGGGGUCAUUCACACUGACCUACAAAAAACUUUUAUAAAUGCUGAAGUUAUCAAUUAUAAUUCUUUGAUAGAAUCUGGAUCGAAAAAUAUUAAGGAAUCUAAUUUGAAAUCUAAAGGCCUAAUUAAAAGAGUUGGGAAAAAACAUAUCAUGGAAGAUAACGAUAUAGUUCUUUUCAAAUCUACUGCAUCCAAGAAAUAA